ACGCUGUGCUUCCUGGAUGGGCUAUCCUUGAUUGAACGCUACGCUAAACUGCGACUUAUCCAAAAUGGCUGGCCAGGAAGAUCCAGUGCAAAGAGAGAUUCACCAAGAUUGGGCGAAUCGAGAAUAUAUAGAAGUUAUUACGAGCAGCAUAAAAAAAAUCGCCGACUUUCUUAACUCAUUUGAUAUGUCGUGUCGAUCCCGUUUGGCCACCCUCAAUGAGAAGCUGACAGCGUUGGAGAGGAGGAUUGAAUAUAUCGAGGCGAGAGUGACAAAAGGAGAGACCUUGACCUAGAACUCAUCAUGGAAAUUCAUAGCAUCCCAGAGCUCCCUGCCCAUUCCCUACCCUGAUUUUUAUUUUUUUUUUUUGGAAAAAGUGUGAUGGAUUCCACCCUCCUUUUUUUGGGAUCAUGUGGACCAUUUUUAUAUUAUAUGGCUGACUUCUGUGUUGUUUUAUCUCAUGACACAUUUGUAUAGAAUACAUGGGUCUGUCUUGGGUGUCAGUGACUCAAGCAUAAUCAAUGUUAAAAAAACAAACAUAAGCUCCGCAAGUAUUGGUUUCAAAGAAUAUUGUGGAGCUCAAUUAUGGAUCUGGUAUCAGUGCAACUUAUUGACCAUCUGUGUUGUAUACAGUGUUAUAACCACAUCAGAGAUUUAAGAAAGGGGGACAUUUUUGUGUGCCAAGUUGAAAGAGUAAUUGUGUAGUCAUCUUUAUUAAGGACCUGCUUGUACAGUGAAUGGUUUGGUGAUGUUUCAGGAUUUACAUACUGUAAUAAAUGAUAAACAAUGA